AUGUCAUCUGGGGAAUUCUGGCUGCUGUCGGUGCCUGGCGAGAAAAACGCAAAUGACGCGUGGGAGAAAUUGAAUCGAGGCACAGGCAGUCUCUCCGCAAAUGCCAAGUUCAACAUUCCCGAUCUCAAGGUGGGAACUCUCGAUCAACUCGUUGGGCUUUCAGACGAUUUGGGCAAGCUCGACACUACUGCUGAAAGUGUAACGAGAAAGCUGGUGCAAUAUUUUGGAGAUGUUCUUGAGGAUGAUCGCGACAAAUUGUACGAGCAUUUGGUGAUUGGAAAUAAAGACAUGAAGAGCUACGUGACAAAGUUUCAAUGGGAGAGCGCCAAAUAUCCGUUGAAGCAAUCGCUCAAAGUCUUGUCGGAAAUCAUCGGAAAACAAAUCACACAAAUCGACAACGAUCUGAAGACGAAAUCGUUAGGAUACAACAAUUUAAAGAACACCCUCGCAUCUAUUGAUCGAAAAGCACAAGGUUCUCUGAUCACAAAAGACCUAAGCGAUAUUGUGAAAGCUGAUGAUUUUGUGUUGAACAGCGAGUAUCUACAAACUUUAUUGGUCGUUGUUCCAAAGAUAAACGCCAAAGAAUGGGAAAUGAAAUACGCGACAAUGCACCAAAUGGUCGUCCCCGGAUCAUCGAGAUUGAUCACCGAAGAAGGUGAACAUUGUCUCUACUCGGUGACACUUUUCAAGAAAAUAAUUGAUGAGUUCAAGAAUAGCGCCCGCGAAAACAGGUUUAUCGUUCGCGAUUUCGUCUAUGAUGAGGAGUCGUUGAAGGCGGGCAAAAAUGAACGAGACAAACUCGUCGCCGAGAAACAACGACAAUACGCGCCAUUGAUUCGCUGGUUGAAGAUCAACUUUGGUGAAAUCUUUGCCGCCUAUAUCCACGUGAAAGCCCUCCGCGUCUUUGUUGAAUCCGUAUUAAGGUAUGGCCUACCUGUAAACUUCCAAGCAUCUAUCGUCGAGCCCAACAAAGGAGCCCAAAAAAAGCUACGCAUCGAGCUGAACAAACUCUACAUCCACCUCGACGGCACAGCGGCCGGUCCCAUUGAUUCAUUUGAAGACAGUCCUGCUUUGAUGUCCCUUGGAGUGAACGAAUACUAUCCAUACGUCUUCUUCAAAUUGAAUAUCGAUUUUGUUGAGAAACGC